GUACAUUUCAGAUGAGCAAGGCCAGUCAUUUUGUAUUAAAUGAAGAACAAUAUGUAAAACACUUUAAAAAUGUUGUGCGCAUUUAUAGUUUAAGAUCGUAUUUAAAGUUUAAUAAGUAAUAUAAUUGUAAUUUUUUUAGUUAAUCAUGAAGUUUAUAAUAAAUACGUUUACUGUUAUUUUUACUCUUUCAAUAGGGCUGAAAGUGUUGGGAGCAGAUGUACUUCCAAGGAACUGUAUUGAAGAACAAAUACUAGGUGCGUUAGCAAAAUGGCGGAAUGGUACAAUCGCACCUGCAGUGCCUUUGUUAAAAGGGAUAAGGAUAAACUCUGUAGAGGGUUUAUACGAAGGCUUCGGGAUAAAGAUUAGAUACAGGACUGGUGAAAUGAAACUGAGUGGUGUGGAAAACUUCGCUAUAGAACAACUGUCUGUGUCUGCAAAAGAUUUGGAAGCAUCUGCGACUGUGCGAUUUCCAGUGUUGAUAUUAACUUCGGAUAAUUACAAUCUUAACGGACGUGCGUACGUGAUGUACUCCCUGAAAGGGUCAGGAUUAAUGAAAGUAAUUUUCCAAAAUACCAAGGUGACACUAGGAACAAAGUUAGUUCAGAAAGGCACAGUAUAUCAAGUGGAAGACGUUAAUUUAAACUUCAGUGUUAAAAGUGUUCAGAUUGAUUUGGAAGAUAGUUCGUGGCCAAUCAAUACGGUGUUGAACAGCAACGCUAUGCAGAUUUUGGAAAGCUAUCGCAGCGAAAUGGUUGCCGCUGGUAAAGACAUGUUGAAGCAAGCGAUCAACGGUCAUCUAGCAACAACGAUAUUUCCACAAUUAUUGAACAAUGCUGGAAAUAACUUUUGUAACCUCACUUUGUCUGCGUUACGUUUAAUGUACGGCUAUGGCUACGGCUGCCGCUACGGCAACGGCUAUGGCUGUAGUUAUGGCUACGGCUGCAGCUACGGCUGCGGCUACGGCUGCGGCUACGGCUGCGGCUACGGCUACGGCUGCGGCUACGGCUACGACUGCGGCUACGGCUACGACUGCGGCUACGGCUACGGCUGCAGCUACGGCUGCGGCUACGGCUGCGGCUACGGCUACGGCUACGGCUACGACAAUGGCUACGGCUACGGCGACGGUUGCAGCUUUGGCUACGGCUAUAGUAGCGUUAGUCUAACCACAGCAGCCGGUCAUCCAGGUCGCCAGCCGUGCAGGCAGAGAGUCAGUGUAAAGGUAUCAUUAUGUAGGUUAUUUGUGAAGUUUUAA